AGAAUAUCAAGAUCUGUUCUGGUGGUCUGAGAUCUUAGAGAUCUGAGAUGAGAACGUUCACAGUAACUGUCCUUUUAUUAGGACUGGUUAUACUUGCUUCAAUCUUAGGAGAUGCCGAAGCGCAAGAACGAAGAAGAGUAAGACGACGACGAAAAGUUGUCUCAUAUGAAUACGAAGAUGAUGGAAGCUCCAGUGCAAGCAGUAGUAGCAGUAGCAGCCGAAGUAGUAGCAGUGGCAGUAGCAGCAGAUCCUCUUCUUCAGAUGGGUCAUCGUCAAGCAGAGGACGACGAGGUGGGAAAGGACGAAAAGCAAGGAGAGGAAGGAAAGGGCGACGAGGCAGGAAAGGGCAAAAGGGCAGACGAGGCCGAAAAGCACAAAAAGGUCGAAAAAGCAGAAAAGGACGACGAAGCAGAAAAGGAAGAAGAGGCCGUAAAGCAAGACGGGGUAGGAAAGGUCGAAAGGGCAGAAAAGGGCGACGAAGCAGAAAAGGUAGAAAAGGCCGUAAAGCAAGACGGGGUAGGAAAGGAAGAAAGGGACGACGAGGUAGGAAAGGACGAAAAGCAAGGCGAGGAAGCAAAGUCCGGCGAGGUAGGAAAGGGCGAAAAGGGAGGAGAGGCCGAAGAGGGAGAAAAGGAACAAAGGGUCGACGAGGUAGGAAAGGAAGAAAAGCGAGAAAAGGCAGAAAAGGUCGACGAGGCAGGAAAGGUCGAAAAGCGAGGAAAGGUCGAAAAGGCAGGAAAGGGCGAAAAGCCAGAAAAGGUCGGAAAGGGAGGAGAUACCGAAGAACCAGAAAAGGUAGAAAGAGUCGACGGGGUAGGAAAGGAAGAAAAGGACGACAAGCUAGUCGAGGAGGUAGAAGACGAGUAAGAAAAGAAAGUUGGGAAUAUGACUGGGAAUACGUCGAUGGCAAAAAAGUUAAACGACGACGAGGUGGAAGGAAAGGACGAAGAGCUCGUAAAGGUCGAAAAGGCAGACAGACCAGAAAAGGACGAAAGGGCAGACGUGGCCGUAAAUCACAAAGAGGUCGAAAGGGCAGAAAAGGACGAAAGGCAAGACGAGGCAGGAAAGGUAGAGGAAGUAGAGGACGACGAGCUAGGAGAGGACGAAAGGGUCGAAGAGGCAGGAAAGGAAGAAAAGGUCGUAAAGCAAGACGAGGUAGGAAAGGAAGAAAGGGACGACGAGGUAGGAAAGGAAGAAAAGCAAGGAGAGGACGAAAGGGUCGACGAGGCAAGAAAGGAAGAAAAGGUCGUAAAGCAAGACGAGGAAGGAAAGGAAGAAAGGGACGACGAGGUGGGAAAGGACGAAAAGCAAGGCGAGGACGAAAGGGUCGAAAAGGCAGCAAAGGAAGAAAAGCUAGCCGAGGAGGUAGAAGACGAGUAAGAAAAGAAAGAUGGGAAUAUGACUGGGAAUACGUCGAUGGCAAAAAAGUUAAACGACGACGAGGUGGAAGGAAAGGACGAAAGGGUCGAAGAGGCAGGAAAGGAAGAAAAGGUCGUAAAGCAAGACGAGGUAGGAAAGGAAGAAAGGGACGACGAGGUGGGAAAGGAAGAAAAGCAAGGAGAGGACGAAAGGGUCGACGAGGCAAGAAAGGAAGAAAAGGUCGUAAAGCAAGACGAGGAAGGAAAGGAAGAAAGGGACGACGAGGUGGGAAAGGACGAAAAGCAAGGCGAGGACGAAAGGGUCGAAAAGGCGGCAAAGGAAGAAAAACUAGCCGAGGAGGUAGAAGACGAGUAAGAAAAGAAAGAUGGGAAUAUGACUGGGAAUACGUCGAUGGCAAAAAAGUUAAACGACGACGAGGUGGAAGGAAAGGACGAAAGGGUCGAAGAGGCAGGAAAGGAAGAAAAGGUCGUAAAGCAAGACGAGGUAGGAAAGGAAGAAAGGGACGACGAGGUGGGAAAGGAAGAAAAGCAAGGAGAGGACGAAAGGGUCGACGAGGCAAGAAAGGAAGAAAAGGUCGUAAAGCAAGACGAGGAAGGAAAGGAAGAAAGGGACGACGAGGUGGGAAAGGACGAAAAGCAAGGCGAGGACGAAAGGGUCGAAAAGGCGGCAAAGGAAGAAAAGCUAGCCGAGGAGGUAGAAGACGAGUAAGAAAAGAAAGAUGGGAAUAUGACUGGGAAUACGUCGAUGGCAAAAAAGUUAAACGACGACGAGGUGGAAGGAAAGGACGAAAGGGUCGAAGAGGCAGGAAAGGAAGAAAAGGUCGUAAAGCAAGACGAGGUAGGAAAGGAAGAAAGGGACGACGAGGUGGGAAAGGAAGAAAAGCAAGGAGAGGACGAAAGGGUCGACGAGGCAAGAAAGGAAGAAAAGGUCGUAAAGCAAGACGAGGAAGGAAAGGAAGAAAGGGACGACGAGGUGGGAAAGGACGAAAAGCAAGGCGAGGACGAAAGGGUCGAAAAGGCGUCAAAACAAAUUGGUUGUGA